AUGACCACAGAAGCUGAACAAGAUCAGGCCCAGACGUGGCUGGCCAAACAGGACCUCGAUAAGAUUGGAGCGGAAAACUUAACACCACUCACUGAAGAGGUAAUUUCACGCCAGGCCACCAUUAAUAUUGGAACAAUCGGACACGUAGCUCAUGGAAAGUCAACAUUAGUGAAAGCCAUUUCCGGUGUGCACACUGUCAAAUUCAAAAACGAAUUGGAAAGGAACAUCACCAUCAAGUUGGGAUAUGCAAAUGCGAAAAUAUAUCGAUGCUCCAAUAUAGACUGUCCACGUCCCGGAUGUUACAGAUCAGCCGGCUCAUCAACCCCGGAUCGUUUUCCGUGUGAACGGCCAGGUUGUGGGGGCCAAUUCACUUGUGUUCGCCACGUAUCCUUCGUCGAUUGUCCUGGUCACGACAUUCUUAUGGCAACUAUGCUUAACGGAGCUGCUGUUAUGGAUGCUGCUUUUCUUUUGGUCGCAGGUAAUGAGCCGUGCCCACAGCCUCAGACUUCUGAGCACUUGGCUGCCGUUGAAAUCAUGCAAUUGCAGCACCUUCUCAUCCUCCAAAAUAAAGUCGAUAUCAUCAAAGAGUCUCAAGCUCGAGAGCAAUAUGAUCAGAUUAAGUCUUUCGUGCAAGGUACAGUUGCUGACAAAGCUCCACUUGUUUGUGAAUACCUGUGCAAAAAGGUGCCAGUCCCACCUCGUGAUUUCACCUCUCCUGCUCGCCUAAUUGUUAUCCGAUCAUUCGACGUGAACAAGCCGGGAUCAGAAGUUGAAAAUCUGAAGGGUGGAGUAGCCGGAGGUUCAAUACUUCGAGGGAUUCAGCAGGUUGGUCAGGAAAUUGAAGUGCGCCCUGGUAUUGUAUCCAAAUCUGGCGAUGGCAAAGUACAUUGUCGGCCGAUUUUCUCGAAGAUUGUCUCCUUAUUCGCAGAACAAAACCAUCUAGAAUAUGCUGUUCCUGGAGGUUUAAUUGGUGUUGGCACAAAGAUUGAUCCGACAUUGUGCCGUGGUGAUCGCUUAGUAGGACAUAUUCUGGGCGCCGUAGGAACUCUACCUGAUAUUUUUACCGAGAUUGAGAUUAACUUCUUUUUACUACGACGGCUCCUUGGUGUACGUACCGAAGCCAAUAAAAAAGCAGCGAAGGUGCAAAAAUUAGCCAAAGGAGAAGUUCUCAUGGUGAACAUAGGGUCGUUGUCCACUGGAUGUCGUGUGAUCGCUGUGAAAGGUGAAGCGGCAAAGAUCGCUUUGACUGAUCCUAUAUGCACUGAGAUCGGCGAGAAAAUUGCGCUAUCACGUCGAAUUGAGAAACACUGGCGACUGAUAGGAUGGGGUACCAUUCGACGUGGAGUCACCAUUGAACCAGUCAAAGCUGAGCACUGUUAA